AUGGAAUACUGUGAGAAGAAUAGGUCGAAGGAUGUGCUGGUGACAGGCAUUGCAGAUUCGCAUAACCCAUUCCAGGAAAAGAAGUCCUGUAUCAUGUUCUGA